AUGCUUGCCAUUCAACGCAUGGAACCAGAAUGUAUUUUCUCACCAUCCACGUCACCAGCUGAUUGGAUUCCUGAGUUAGGAGAGAAUUGUGCAGUAUGUGGUGAUCGAGUGAACAGUACCCGUCUGGGAUCACCUGCUUGUCUCGGAUGUAUUGUUUUCUUCCGACGUUCUAUUAUUCAUUCAUCAAAAUAUCGAUGUUUGAGAGAUGGAAAUUGUCUUAUUAAUUAUGAGUUCCGUUCUUCUUGUCGAUUCUGUCGUCUUCAAAAGUGUUUCCGGGUUGGAAUGAAACAAUCAGCAGUCAGAAGACGUGACUGUCUUGGACCAAGAAGACCGUCCCCUUCCUAUUCUGAUCCUCCAGUUCUCUAUCCAGAAACUGAUCUGCAGCUUAUUGAUCGUCUUAUCAAAAUUCAAAACAGACAGUUUGAAGAGCACAAAGAGCAGAGUGUAUCAUGUCCCAGAAGAGCAAGCUUGUCAGAUAUCAAUGCAAUGUUUAAAUGGAGCUUCAAUAAUGCCAUCGAGUGGGCUUCUCAAUUUGAUCCAUUCCAAAAAUUGACAAAUGAAUCACAGAAAUGUGUUCUUUCUGAAUAUGGAUUUGCUUUCUUUUUGAUCGAUCAAGGAUUCAGAACAAUACAUGAAAAAAUGAAUGGGUGUUGGAUGCUGCAAAAUGGAACAUUUCUUCAUUCGGAUUAUCAUUACGGACAAAAUGAAGACGUAGUGGAGACUGACUAUAAAUGUUUGAGAAUGCACUUCGAGUUUGUCAAAUCUCUUCAAAUUGCAAUUCAAAAACCCUUCGAAACUUUGGAAAUCGAUUUUUUCGAGAUUGCCGCAUUGAAGAGUUUAUUGCUUGUUUCUCCAUCAUUCCCAAAAACCAAUAUUUUUUCUGAAUAUCAAGAGAGAAUGACAGGUCUGAAAGACAAAUGUGCCUGCGAAUUGAUGGAAUACCUGAAAAUCAAUUAUCCAGAAAGCCACGUGGAGAGAUUUGGAACUCUGAUUCUCAUUCUUGGAGAAAUCCGUUCAGCAGUCAAAGCAGUGUACAAUCAAACGAAAGUUUCAGAACUAUUCAAUUCUAGUCAAUUUGAUCCUUAUGUUCGUAGCUUCUUUUUAUCAUAA